AUGGGAAGGAAAGGAAAUUGGUUUUCUAGUGUAAAGAAAGCACUCAGCCUUGACUCCAAGGAGAAGAAAACAGAAGCCCCGCUCCCCCCACUUCCUCCUCAGCUAGAUGAGGAGGUGAAAGUACUAGAGACCACAAUUGAAGUGAACAAGCAUGGCUACACUUUGCCAGUUGCUCCUUCUGAGCUACCUGAGCCUGCAGCUCCUGUUGUCAUUGAAACCACUGUGGAAGUGGUUCGCAAAGCUAAUAACUUCGCUGGUAAAUCAAAGGAGGAAGCAGCAGCAAUCAGGAUUCAAACUGCAUUUCGUGGGUAUCUGGCUAGGAGAGCAUUGAGGGCUUUAAGAGGAUUGGUUAGGCUGAAAAUGCUGAUUGGAGGACCUACUGUAAAGAGGCAGGCUGUCCACACGCUCAAGUGCAUGCAAACUUUAGCUCGGGUACAGACUCAAAUCCAUACCAGGAGAGUCAGAAUGUCUGAAGAAAAUCCGGCCCUCCAGAGACAACUUUUGCAGAAACACGCCAGAGAGCUCGAGAGCUUGCAGAUGAAAGAGGGAUGGGAUGAUAGUGUGCAGUCAAAGGAGCAGGUAGAGAGCAACAUGCUCAGCAAGUUUGAGGCAGCCAUGAGAAGGGAAAGAGCACUGGCUUAUUCAUUCUCUCAUCAGCAAACCUUGAAAAACCCUGCAAGACCAGCUACAGGUAUGUUCAUGACACCUGGUAAUCCUUCCUGGGGCUGGAGCUGGUUGGAAAGAUGGAUGUCAGCUCAUCCUGACAAAGAUCCCAAUAAUGAUCAAGCUUCUGUAAAGAGUGGAAACAACCGAAGCUUGGUUGGUGGAGAAAUCAGCAAAGCUUAUGCCCGUUAUCAGCUCAACUCUGAUAAACUCUCCCCUGGAGAUCAUCAAAUGAGUACCAAUUCUCCUUCAGCUACAUCAAAGCCGGUUUCUUCGGUUGUGAGAAAACUCAAGUCUGCAACUCCCAGGAGCAGCAUUGGUUUCCCAGACGAAGACACCAGAAGUAUGGUUAUUUUCCAGUCAAACAGAAGGCACAUCAUUGCAGGAUCGUCUGUGAGGGAUGAUGAAAGCUUGGCAUCGCUUUCGAGCUAUAUGGUGCCUACAGAGUCUGCAAAAGCUAAGUCCAGGUUCCAGAGUCCAUUGGGGUUAGGAGGGACAGAGCAAAAGGAGAAAGGAGCCUUGUCAUCUGCCAAGAAGAGGCUUGCAUAUCCGCCUUCUUCGCCUGCCAGGCCAAGACGGCAUUCUGGUCCUCCAAAGGUGGAUACCAGCUUGAUUAAGGCUGAAAAUGUAGUGUUGCCAAAUGGUGACAUGUAG